AUGAAGUUUACCUUAAUCUCUUCUUGUGUUGCUCUUGCCUUUAUGGCAUUCGCUGUUGAAGCUGCUCCUGGUGGCAAGAAAAUCAGCAUUCCUUUGGAAAAGAAUCAAGAUUACAAGCCUAAUGCAAAGAAUUCUCUCAAGAAGGCCCUUGCAAAGUAUGCCAAGCAUAAAAUCUCUACUCAAUCCUCUGGUGAUUCUCCCAAUGGCUCCGGUGGUACUGUCCCGGUGACAGAUGAUGGUAAUGACGUUGAAUACUACGGUAUUGUCAAAGUUGGUACUCCCCCUGUAGAGCUCAAGCUUGAUUUUGAUACUGGCUCUUCUGACUUGUGGUUUGCUUCCACCUUGUGCUCUUCUUGCGGCUCUUCUCAAACCCUUUACGAUCCUUCCAAGUCCAGUACUUAUCAAAAGGAUGGCCGUCCCUGGUCUAUCCAAUAUGGUGAUGGCUCUACCUCAAGCGGUGUCUUGGGUACUGACACUGUUGAAUUGGGCGGUUUCUCCAUUAAGAAACAAACGAUUGAAUUAGCCAAGGAGGAAUCCGAUACUUUUGCUAGCGGCCCCAUUGAUGGUCUUCUCGGUCUUGGCUUUGAUUCUAUUACUACUGUCAAGGGUGUCAAAACUCCUGUUGAUAACUUGAUCAGCCAAGGCCUUAUCUCUUCUCCUAUCUUUGGUGUCCACCUUGGAAAGGCCAGCAAGGGUGGCGGAGGUGAAUACAUCUUUGGCGGCUAUGACCAAUCCAAGAUUAAGGGCUCUUUGACCAAGGUUCCUAUUGAUAACUCUCAAGGUUUCUGGGGUAUCACGGUUGAUAGCACCAAGGUUGGCGACCAGUCUGCUACGGAUUCCUUCAGCGCCAUUCUCGAUACUGGUACCACUCUCUUGGUCCUCGACACCCAAGUUGCCUCUCAAAUUGCAAAGGCUUACAAUGCCAAAGACAAUGGUGAUGGUACUUACUCUGUUGACUGUGACACUUCCAAGUUGCAACCUCUUACUUUCAGCAUCGGUGGUGCUGAAUUUGAAGUCCCUACUGACUCCAUCAUCUUUGAAAAGGACAAUGGUAACUGUAUUGCUGGUUUCAGUUCUGGUGAUCUUGGAGGCUUGUCCAUCUUGGGUGAUGUCUUCUUAAAGAACAACUAUGUAGUCUUCAACCAACAAGUUCCUGAGGUCCAAAUCGCUCCUUCUGCCGACGCUUAAAUGAUGUUAGCAUAUUGCUAUCAAUGAUAUUUAUUAGUGAAUAAAUCACUUGUAUUCUUAAAACAUAAUUACGAG